AUCUGUGACUCAUUACUUUGUUAAGUUUGGAAAUUUCCAGCGGGAAAAGAAACCCUUGUCCCUUAACCGAACAUAGAAGAACAGUGGAGAAAAAUGGUUGUCCUCUGGGUAAAUCGACCGUGACAGAGAUUUGAAGAUGUCAUGACUGGUCUUUACCUGAAAUAGCUUUAGUCCAUAUACCAUCUCCUAUAUUUAUCUCUUCACAGGCCUCUCCAUUUGCUCAGCCUCCAAUUAUAUAAAGCAAGAAAUUAGUUUGGCAUCUCUUAUUGUCUCGAGUAGUUCUCUUUUCUCCUCUCAUCUAGUCAUUUUUUUUGUUUUUUUUUUGCUCCACGGUUCUUCACAUUGUAAUUUGUUUUUCAAACUAUUCCUUUCAAUCAAAUAAACCAUGGGAGCCUGUGGGAGCAAACCUAAGGAAUCUGACAUCGUCGAAAGCCUUGUCCCCACCGACAAUGUUGUUGUUGAUUCCAAGAAUGAAACAGAUACCACAUUAGUUCAGGAGAAGACAGAAGAGUCUAGUGAUGAGGCAAAAACGGAAGGUGAGUCCUCAGAGGCAACCGAGGCCGAGCCAACUCCAGAAGCUGUGAAAUCAGAUGAGAAAGUUCCUUCUGAGACUGAGCCACCAAAACAAGAGACUGCACCUGCCAAAACCGAUGAGGCGCCUCUUGUGAUUCUUUGAUUUUUCAUUUCCAAAUAUUAAAAUCCAUGUGUUGUUUGCAAGUGUUUCUCACAUUAUAAUUCGUAUAUUCAUCAUCACUUUUAUAUUGUCAAUAUUAUGUACAUUGUGUUGUGCCCACCUCUUGUAAAUUCAUGAGAGU